GGGCCCGCCGGCCUUCGGGCCGCGGGCGAGGAGGAUUCCACGGGCGACGUCGCCGGGGACGAGUAUGACACUUUUGAGAUGCCGUCCGCCGAGGUGCUGGACGCGUGGGAGCAGGACGAGGUCGCGACCGAGAUCUUUAAGAACUUCCAGCAGGAGGGUCUAGAGGGUACCACGCAGUUGGGGUUCAGGGACGUGGCCACCCUGCUCGAGGUCCUGGGCGUGGAGCGCGAGCAGUUUGUGGAGAUCUUCACGGAGGACGUUAUCCAAGAGGUGGAGUACUUGGACGAGGAAGAGACAGAUUGA